AUGUCUUAUUAUAACAAGCUGGCAAGCGAUUUCCUUAACUAUCAGAACAGUAUGCGAAUGCUGGCACCUGAUUUGUUGAAUCGCGCUACAGUUGCGUCAAAAACGGGUUCUUCUGGAAUGGCCUUCACUUUUGCUGCCUUUGCUUAUCUCAUCGCAUUAAUUGCUGUGGCGUUUUGUAUAUUCUUCGCCAUAUAUACGGUGGUCUGUAUUGAUGAGCUGAAAACGGGCUAA